AGUCGACAGAAUGCUUACGAAAGACACGUAUUUAGAGGGCAUUUAUUUGCCAAAAGGCACGUCUAUUGUUAUACCCAUUUGGGCCCUGCAUUUAGACCCUGAUCAUUUUGGCGACCCCUAUGAGUUUAAACCGGAAAGGUUCCUACCGGAAAAUCUAAAUGAUAUCAAACCGUAUACAUACCUACCCUUCUCUACCGGUCCGCGCAAUUGCAUUGGUAUGCGAUUCGCUGUAUUAGAGCUCAAGUAUACGUUAGUUAAGCUGUUGUGUAGGUAUGAGUUUGUGCCAUGCGAUGAGACCAAGGAAAUGGACUAUUAUAAUUCAUUGGUACAAAUAGCCAGUGUUAGACGCAUGUUGGUUAAGAUUAAACACCGUGAUGGCAUUAUUAAUAAUCUU